AUGGACCCUGCCCUCAAAUUUGAACAAACAAUUAUUGCCCGAAAUAAGUAUCUAUUUGAAACUGCAGAACGAGAAAACUCCCCAAUACAGCGAUUCUAUGGAGAUCAAGUUGUGUUUGUGACUGGUGGGACGGGCUUUAUUGGAAAACUACUCAUCGAGAAAUUGUUCCGGACAUGCGCAAUCAAGAAAAUGUUAAUAAUGAUCCGACCAAAAAAAGAUUCCUCGCCACAACAGAGACUUCAUAAAUUAUUUGAAGAUCCCGUGUUCGAUGAGUUACGUAAAAUAAAACCAAAUUUUGUUGAUAAAAUAGUAGCGGUGGAGGGAGAUAUCAGUGAUAUAAGAUUUGGUAUGGAUAUCACUGUCUGGGAUUCAAUGAUUGAAGAAGUGAAUAUCAUAUUUCACAUGGCAGCUGUUGUGAGAUUUGAUGCGCAAUUGAAGACAACAAUUUUAUCUAACGUGCGUGGUACAAGGGAGGCUGUGCGUUUGGGAAAAGCUUGUAAAAAGCUUCGUUCUUUUGUUUACGUCUCCACAGCUUAUACACACGCAACUCGAAGCCGAAUCGGUACAAAGAUUUCGGAAGAAUUUCAAAAGUGUCCUGCAUCACCUGAUAUUCUCAUUCAGCUUGUAGAAACCCUUAAUGAUCAGAAGCUGAAGCUCUUGACACCAUCGUUAAUUGAAGACUGGCCUAAUACUUACUCUUUUUCUAAAGCGGUCGCUGAAGAAGUUAUACGUACCAUGGCUGAUGAUUUACCGGUUUGCAUAGUAAAACCAGCUAUAGUAAUUCCUUGUUAUCGUGAACCUGCGCCAGGAUGGAUUGACAUGAACUGCGUGUAUGGCCCGAGCGGAUUAAUUAUAGGAGUAGGAUUGGGUAUUCUACACGUGUUCUUCGCUGAUGUAAACGUGAAAGUGAAUAUAGUACCAGCUGAUAUUGUAACGAAUGCAGUAGUAACUGCUGGUUGGGAAUCAGCAAGAAGACAUGCGGCCGGUGAUACAGAAACUAGAAUCUAUACUGUCAGUAAUAUCAGAAAUCCGGUUAAAUGGGGUACAAUUGGAACAUUCAUUAGAGGGGACGCGAAAAAGUUAAUGUCACCUCUAGUUACUUAUUGCCCUUGGGGAGUGGAGACUAAAAAGAAAUUUAUGUUUACUAUUUACUCUUGGUUGUUUCACUUUAUACCUGCGUACAUUAUGGAUGGCAUGUGUUUUUUGAUUGGUAAACCUCGAAGAUUCGUAAAGCUAUAUGAGAAAGUCUACAAGAUGACAACGGUGUUUAGUUAUUUCAAUUGUAAUGAAUGGCAUUUUAGCGAUGAUAAUCUACGUAAUUUAUACACGGAAAUGACUGAGGAUGACAAGGAAAUUUUCAAUUUUGAUUUAAAAGAUGUCGAUUGGAUAGAACAGAUGAAUAUUUGGAUAAUAGGACUUCGAAAGUAUAUUGUAAAGGACGGCCUCGCGGGGACUGAAUAUGCCUUAAAGAAAUACUUUUGGCUGAAAUUGGUUCACGUCGUCAUUUCAGCUAUUUAUGUUUACUCCCUAUGGAAAGUGUUGACAUUAAUUUUUUACCUGUUGAGUUUGUGUUUUCAAUUAUUUGGAUACUUGUCCGUUUUACAGAUUUAA